AUGGGCGAGCCGGCAACCAAAAAGGCCAAGACUGAGCGCAUCUUCCUGUUCUCGUCCGAGUCGGUGAACGAGGGCCACCCGGACAUCACGGCGCUGGCCGGGUGCGCGACGCUCGCGGGGUACGCCGCCUACAGUGCGGCCGCGUCCGCACUGUGGGCCACCUCCGCCCCAAAAGGGCUGGUCGGAUUCGCAGCGUCGCGCAUCCGCUUCUGGAAGAAGCAAGACAAGCUCUGCGACCAGGUCUCCGAUGCCGUCCUGGACUGCUGCCUGACGGGGGAUCCCAAGAGCAAGGUCGCCUGCGAGACCGCCACCAAGGACAACAUGGUCAUGGUUGCGGGCGAGAUCACCACCCAAACGGCGAUUGAUUACGAGAAGGUCGUCCGCGGGGUGGUAAAGAAAAUCGGCUUCGACACCUACGUGGAUGACCUCUCCAGCGUGGACAGCAAGGGGCUGAGCGACACCACGUGCGAGGUCCUGGUGCGCAUCAACAAGCAGAGCCCCGAUAUCGCGGGCGGCGUGCACGUCGGAAAGGACGACAUGGACGUCGGCGCGGGCGACCAGGGCAUCAUGUUCGGCUACGCCACCGACGAGACGGAGGAUUGCAUGCCGCUCACCCACUCGGUCGCGACCAAGCUCGGAAAGAAGCUCACGGACGUGCGCAAGGAUGGUUCUCUCUGGUGGCUGCGCCCAGACGGCAAGACUCAGGUCACCAUCGAGUACCUGCAGAAGGCCGACGGCUCUGUGGAGCCCCAGAAGUUCCACACGAUCGUCAUUUCCACGCAGCACGCUGAGCCCUUGAAGGCCACGCGCACGAAGGAGUGCGCCGGCUACACCGGCGCAGAGAUGACUGCACCCAGCAUGGAGGCCAUGAACAAGGAGAUCGUCGAAAAGGUGAUCAAGAGCACCCUCUCAGAGAUCAAGCUCAAGAACGGUAAGCCGGCGCUCACCCUUUUCGGAGACCACACGCACUUGCACAUCAAUCCGUCUGGCAAGUUCAUCAUCGGAGGUCCUCAGGGCGACGCAGGCCUCACAGGCCGCAAGAUCAUUAUCGACACCUACGGGGGAUGGGGCGCCCAUGGCGGCGGCGCCUUCUCUGGCAAGGACCCGACCAAGGUUGACCGCUCGGCGGCGUACAUCUGCCGGCAGAUGGCCAAGUCCGUGGUGAAGAGCGGCCUUUGCAAGCGCGCGCUGGUGCAGCUGUCCUACGCCAUCGGCGUCGCGAAGCCGCUGUCGCUGUUUCUGGAGACCUACGGCACCGAGCAGGGUAAGCUGUCAGCCGAGGACAUCACCAAUGUGCUUAAGAUCGAGUUCGACUGCCGCCCUGGCGCCAUCGCUGUGACGCUGGCCCUCCGCGAGCCCAAGUACCAGGAGACUGCGGCCUACUGUCACUUCGGCCGCGAGCCGUACACCAAGGACGGCAAGAAAUUCUUCGAGUGGGAGAACGCCAAAGACGUCAAGAAGUACGCCUCGAUGGAUUCGGCGCAGGUCGCUGCGGCACUGAAGGCGAGCAAUUACCUGACCAAGUGGGUGGUUGACCCCGGCCACGUGACAUUCAGCUCUUCGGGCCUGUCCUCCCUGAUGCCCAAGUCGACCGUUCACCUGCAGAACCUCGUCCUGAGCGAGGAGUUCAUCGACGAGCCGCAGGCUGAGGCGAGGCCCUACGGCUGUCGCCGGCACGCCGCGUCCUCGUGGACUGUGCCGGAGGCUCGGGCUCUCUUCGAGGGCUGCGACGUGAGGGCCGCGGCGCGGGCGUGGGAGGAGGCGGACGCCUCCGGGCAGGCCCUCGCCCACCCGCAGAUGUGCAAGCAGGACGACGGCACCCCGGGCGGCUCGCCGACGCCGAGGGCGGCCCGCAGCCGCGGGGAGGCCAGCCCGGGCAGCGCGUCGCCCAGGGCGGCCCCGGCGGUCGCAGCAGAAGGGGCGGCGCGGCCCUGGACCCCUGGCCGCGGCAUGCAGGUCGCCAGCCCCCGCCGCGAGAAGCCGGCGCAGAAGUCGGGUGCCGAGGAGUUCUGGUACCACUUGCGUUAUGACGACCUGGAGAAGAGAGGUACGCCCGAGUGGCCUCUCAGGAGCAUCGGCGACAACAUGCCGCCCAUCCGGGGCGAGUUUUGGCUGACAAGGAAGGCCGUGGAGAUGAGCAACUUGUACUUCCACUGCUCAUCGACGCUCGCUCAGGCCGUCACGAUGUGCGUGGCCUUCCGCUUCAGCUGCCCGGUGGAGUUCCUCACGUACAUCGAGUGCCAGGUCGGCAGCCUGCUGGAGACGCACAUCCCCACCAACGGUGUGGUGAUGGGCCUCGAGCCCGACCCACGCCACCCAGGCCUCCUGCGGAUGUUUGUGGAGCACCGCAACGAGAUCCUCGAGGACAUGGUGGUCUGCGAGUGCAGGAGAGCCGACCAGGAGCACACCGUGGUGCACCAGGAGGUCUACGACGGCGGCAGCAUCAUCCUCUACCGCGUCACGCUGCUGCACAAGGACGGCACGCGCCAGUCGGCCGUCUUGCAGCUGGACACCGAGAAGAUCGAGGACGGCCGCGACGGCAACAGCAGCCGCAUGCGCAUGGUGGAAGAGCCUUCCUCGCGGUUCCCGCUCGAGCCGUGCCGGGUGUACCACAACCUCUCCCCCGUGAAUCGGGUGUUCGUCUACUCGUCGUCGGCAUAUCAGACGCCGGAGGACCGAGCGGCUGCCAUGAUGACGCCUUACUCCGCGCGCAAGGAGCGGAGCGCGGUGCCCGACGUCUGCUCGACGCCCGGGCAGGCGGUCGAGCCGUGGCGGCACAUGGCGACGCUGGUGGCGCCGGCCUCGCUGGUGGCCCGCGACCCGACCGACGGGGCCGAGGACUGGUACUCGGCGGGGGGCGGCUUCUCGGACGGCGAGGUCGACCCGGCGCCCGAGCAGGGGCGGUGGGGGAGCGGUGGGUCGGUCCGAGCGAGAUGGGUACGGAAACACUGGUGA